AUGGCUGGAGCCAUUGUAGGUCCCAUGUCUUUCCAAUUAGGAAACUCUUGUUUUGAAGGAGAUGCAUACGUAGCUCCAAUCGAGGAUGAUAUGCUUUUGGGUGCAGAUUUUCUGCAUGCUAAAGGGGUGGUCCUUGACCUCAAGUCGGCCCGUCUGGAACUGGGGGAGGAGCAAAUACCUCUCCAGUUUGGAUCUGAUUUGUCUGAGCACAAGGUGGCUCGGGUGAGAGCUGAAUACCGAGUCAUCGUUCCUCCAAACAAGGCCAAACGGGUCUCUGGAAUCUUAGAUCAGAAGUUAGACACCUUUGUGUUUGAACCAGUGCAUACCCUGGAGGGGAUUGCCCCUCAAACUUUGCAUGAUGCAGGGGCCACAGCUGAAAUAUAUGUCAUCAACUUGGCUGAUCGCCCAGUCAUAAUAGAUCCUGGUGAUCUUCUCGGUGCAGCACAGGAAGUAGAGGUGGCCAAAGUUCCCUAUGAUCCCACUGAGGACGGAUUAUCAUCUGCGCAAGGCAGCGAGCUUCUUAAUCUGCUCGUAUACCAUGCAGACGCCUUUGCUAAGGAUGAAUUCGAUCUAGGGAACUUUACCCUUAUUGAGCACGGUAUUGAUACUGGCACUUCGCCUCCUAUUAAACAAAGGAUGAGGCGUACUCCCGUAGCAUUUGCGGGUGAAGAAAAGGCACACCUAGCUAAGGUGGAGAAUGCUGGUGUGAUUCAACCCUCAAUCUCUGAGUGGGCUUCUGCUCCCGUAUUAGUACGGAAGAGGGAUGGGGGAGUUCGAUGGUGCAUCGACUACCGGGCAUCGACUACCGGGCACUUAAAUCGGUGA